AUGCCGCCGGAACUUCAAAACGGUUAUUUCGGCCAUUUGGAUCUCGGCGACCGCGACGAAGACGACGACGAUGACGAAAUUCUCGGUGGCCAAUUGGGUAACCGAUCGCGUAGCGAAGUCCUCUACAGGCGCCCGCUCGUCGCAGACGCCGUCGAGGUCAGCUGCAGCCGCGGCGGCGGCAGCGGCGGGUACUCCCGCGCGAAGACCGAGAUCCCGCGGAACGCGCGCGCAAGAGCCGCAGCCGCAGCCGCUGCCACCUCCCGCUCGCCUGCGCCUCGAGGCGGCGGCGGCGGCGCGGCCAGCGCGGGCGCAGCGGCAGGGCUCGACGCGCAUCAGCAGGAGGAGGCGGACGCUGAUGAGGAGGAGAGCGAGGAGCGGUUCGGCAGAGCUAGCUCCAUGCCUGCCUCGAUGCACCGGCGGCGAAGAUCCCUAGGCGGCGGGUUGGUCUCCCUAGGGUCUGGCGGUCUGACCUCCCUAGGAUCCCCUGGCGCGCCUGGCGGGCUGGCUUCGUGCUUGCAGCCUAGAUCGUCGGAGAUGGACGAAGACACUACAAUCCGCUUUACAGAAGGACCCGCCAUAAGUUCUAGGUCGAGCUCUGGAAGGAUCGGCGGCGGGGUUCUGGAUGGAUCGCUGACCUCUGGUGAUGAUGAUAGUGGUCGGUUUGAUAGUGGUAGGUCCGGUAGUGACCGGUUUGGUAGUGGUAGGCUUGGGAGUGGUAGGCUUGGUAGUGGUAGGCUCGGCAGUGGUAAGCUCGGUAGUGGUAGGUUUGGUGAUGAUCGCUUGUCAACCGACUCUUUCUCUGGCCGCGGGGAGAAUGUCAAGGGUGGGGCACCGAAUCCGAAAGUUCGCCGAAGCUAUUCCGGAGCUUCGGACAGCUCAGGUAGGCUCGGUGACAGGCCUGGGGACAGAGUAGGAGAGGCGUAUCCGGAUGGGCGGGUUGAGAGUCUGCUGGAAGAACGUGCCUCAAACAAUAUCGCGUACAAGGGAAGAGGCUCGCAAUCAGGGCCGUUGAUGCCCCGCUGGUCACUGCAAAUAAACGGCUGCGAUCAAUCAGGGUCCGAGCGCACAGAGGAACCUUCCUCUCACCCGCCGCGGAGACCUACAGGUGCAGCAGAGCGGCUCAAGUCCCGCAGUUACAUUGGAAGGAGCUUCUCAGGUGGGGGUAUGGAAUCUAUAGCUGCUUCUGCCGCUGCUGCUGCUGCUUCGGCGUCUAGUGUUGAGUCGAGUAGAAAACCAGGUGCUGCUGCACAGAGGCUUAAGUCCAGCAGCUUCAUUGGGCGGAGUUUUUCUGGGGGGGGUGUGGAGUCUGCAUCUGCUUCUGCUGCUGCUGCGGCGGCGUCUAUCCGCGCUGCAUUACGGGCGUCCGUGCUUCGAAGCUCGUCAGGAGUGGGGAAAGAGGGGCAGGCGGGAGAUGGACAGGGGAGAGAGGGACAGGGGGGACAGGCAGGAGGGGGGCAGAAAGGGAGAAGCGGAGGAUCGGGUCGAUGGUUGAUUGCAAAGAGCUUCUCAGGAAGCCGUGCUCGCACAGGUGAUGCUGCUGCUGAUGCUGCUGCUGCUGCUGUUGCUGCUGCUGCUGGUAGUGAUGCUGCUGCUACUAAUGGUGAUGUUGAGGCUGCUGACGGUAAGUUUCGGGUGGAUGAGUCACGUUCGGCCAGCGUGCGAGGCACGGGUGGGGAGGAGGAGGAGGGAUUUGGAGUGUGUGGCAGGGAGAGCAGGGACGGUGGCAGGAGAGAAGGGAUGGAGGAAGAGGAGGGAUCAGGAGAGUGUGGUGGGGGGAGCAUUGACAGUGAGGAGGAGGAGAGUGAGAAAGAGGAGGAAGAGCGGGGAGAGGGGGGAGAAGAGGAAGAGGGGGAAGAGGUGGAAGAGGAGGAGGGCGAGGAAGUAGCUGUAGGGAGAGGGUUGUGGGAAGAUUACAACGAGGGUGGAACUCUGAGAGCCGAGAUGAGCUUACGAGACAGUGGAUGGUCACCGGAGCAAGGGCAGUACGGAGCAGCGGAUUGGAUGAAGCACCCCAGCAGCAGGUUGAUAGCAAUGAAUCGAGAUGAGGUGGACGAGGAAGAGGAGGGAGAGGAGGGAGAGGAGGGUGAAAGAGAGGAGGGUGAAGGAGAGGAAGAGGAAGGAGAGGAGGGAGAGGAGGAGGAGAGGCAGGGCUUCAUCCUGAGCAGCGGAGGUGUGGAAAUGGAGGGUGCUGGGUGGCGGGAAGGGGGUUUCCAGGAAUCUUCCGAGCCAAUGCAAGAUUCAAAACUAGGUGAUACUCCGGAUGGAAGCUUCCAGGAAAAUGAGAACGACGGAGGAGGGUUUGGGAUGGAUAGGAGGCUAUUGAUGGGUGCUCCUUUGCUCAACCCCAAUGCAGUGUUUGAAACGCCCCAGCAGCAAAGGGCGCUCAUAGGAGCCCCUUCUCUCAACCCUAACGCAGAUUUCGAGACUCCUCAGAAAAGGGUUUUGAUGGGAGCUCCUUCGCUCAAUCCUGAUGCAGUUUUUGAGGUGCCCCAGCAGAGGGAGCUUAUAGGGGCGCCGUCCCUUAACCCUGACGCGGGCUCACAGGCGUUUUGGGCGAGUUUGAAGGAGGGGAGAGGGGCGGAUGUGUGGCAUAGGGAGGCGGAGACGAUUGCGGAAGAGGGGGAUGGGGGAGAGGGAGGGGAAGGGGAAGAGGAUGGGGAGGGGGAGGAGGGGGAUGGGGCGAGUGGUGUGUUUGAUCUGGCGCAAGGGCUGAUGAUGCAGGGAGAGGGGGGAGGUGUGGAAGAAGGAGGAGGGUUCGGUUUUGAUGUGGGGGAGAGGGAGGAGGGAAACUGGGAUGGAGGAGCAGCAGGGUACGAGGUUGGUGGCAGCAGGAGUAUGGGGCGAGACAUGGGUGUUGGUGGUCCGUGGGAGUCAGUGCGAGAAGCAGAGAGGGAAAUGGAUUCAGUAUGCAGCAGCAGCAGCACUGCAAUGCUGUUCAGAGGGAGUCAGAGCCUGGGAGCACCGGGAGUUCAAGGGGAGCUUCAAGAGAGGGAUGAUGGAAAUGGGGAGUUUCAAGAAGGCGAGGUUGGAUCAGACCUGUGGGGAAGGGCUGCAAGGGUUGAAAGCAGAUAUUCUUGCCAGGAGAAAAGCAGCAGCAGCAGCUUUCAGGCGUCCCCUGGUAGGUUCCUAUACUCUGCUUCUGUUAGAGAGCCGCGCACCACCAGCAGCGGCUUCGGCAACAGCAGCAGUAUCUUCGGCUCCAGUAGCAGCGUCGGCAACAGCGACAUCGGCAGAAGCAUUAUCGGCGGCGUUGGCAGCAGCAGCAGCCGCUUCGGCCCGCGCGGGUUUGCAGCAGAGCGAGACAUCGGGUCGUUUGCUGACGUGGACAGCGACGCCAUGGCACGGCUGGCGCGUGACGCAGCAUCCCUGCUGGCACUCGAUCUAACCACAAACGACCUAUCUGCACCUGCCCCCUCCUCCUCCUCUCGCCCCAGCAGCCCGUUUUCCGGCCCGCUUUCCGGCCUGCUCCGCCGGUCCAAAACCCCCCCUCGCUCCCCCAACCAGACCCCCCCACGCACCCCCCCGCGCUCCCCCUCCCGCACCCCCACCCACACCCCUCCCCGCACGCCCCCCGGCGGGGCCAGUCCAAAACGGUUCUUAGAUAAGUGCAGGAGCGCGAGACUUGACCGACCUAGUAGUCCUCUCAGGUUUGAUCGGCCUGGGAGUCCCCUGAAGGGGGUGUGGGGUGUGUUGACGGGCCAGGGCGAUGGGGGGAAAAGCGGGUGGGAGAGGAUUGAUGUCGAUGCUGUGGUGGCUAGCGCUGCUGCAGCUGCUUCGUCUGUGGGAGGUGGUGGUGGUGCGAGUGAUAGGUUAGUGCUGACGAGAGCAAAGACUGAUAGCAGGGGGAUGGAUGAUGGGGAUGGGGAUGGAGGGGGGUUUGGCGGGUUGUGGAGAGGGAGCGGGAUGGGGGUGGGGAUGGGGGUGGGAGUGGGAGGGGGGCCGGAAGUGACUGCUUCUUGGAGAGAGAGGGUGAGCAUGGCAGCAUCACCCAUGGGAAACGAUGGAGGGGAGGGAGGUGCGGGGGAAGGAGGGUGGCGCGAAGGAGGAGGAGGAGGUGACGGGGGGGUUGAAGGGAACUGGCUAGCAAGAGAAGGAGCAGCAGUUGCAGCAACGGAAGUAGUAGCAGGGGGCAUGGUUCAGAGAGAAGAUACAGUAGAGGAAAUGAGAGGAGGAGGGGGAGGGGGAACACCAGUAGCAGCAGCAGGGGCAAGUACAAUGAGGGGAGGAGGAGCAGAGGCAGCAGCAGUAGACAAGGAAGCAGCACUGGAAAACGCGUGGAUGAUGGCGGAAGGGGAAGAGGAAGAAGAAACUCCAGAUUUUGACGAUUUCAGCCGCACACGAACCUUCACCUCUGCCAUCCUAGCCGGAAUCACCAAGAGAGUCACCGGGCCUAAGGCUGGGCCUGCCAAGCCUGGAGCCACCAAGCCUGGGUUCGCCAUGCCUGGGCUUGGCAAGAGGGAGGAUCCGGGUAGUAGCAGCAAGACGGUGGUUCGGAGGACUGUUAGUGAUACGCUCAAGGAUGCGGCAAAGGAGGGAAUGGUGAAGGGCGAGGGGAAGCAGGGCAAGUGGUGGGCUUUCAGGGAGAAAGGGGAAGAGAGCGGUAGGGUGUUAGGGGGGCCUGGAUGGGGUAUUCUGGCCUCCAAGCCGAGACCAGGGGAGGAGGGAGGGGGUUUAAAGGGUGCACCUGCACUGGAGGCACAUGGUCUAGGUGGGUCAGGUAGGUUAGGUGGGCACAAUGGGGAUAGUAAGGACGAGGAGGAGAAGGAGCGGGGCGGACUGUUUGGUUCCGCUCAUACCCAACACCACCACCACUCGCGGCAGAAGUCGCAGAUUUCGUUUGGGUCUGUUGCUGAUUCUGCUCUGCUGUCUGGCCUGCCUUCGUUCCUUAAGUCGGUCACUUUCACCUCUGCUGAAGCCCAGGCGCACCACAAGCAGCAGCAGCAGCAAGAGGAGGAGGGGGAGGAUCAGCUGCGGAUGCAGCAGGGGGAUGAGAUGCCGGCAGAGUUAUCAAGUCAUGCACAGGAGAUUGAGACACAUGGGGGACCGUACGAGUCGUAUGAAUCGCGGGAACACACACAACAGCACAGAGAAGCAGAUGAGGAGGAGAACCCUGAAGAGCAGCAGCAGCAGCAGCAGCAUAGGCCGUGGGGGUCUGCUGUGGGGUGCAGCUCGGUGGAGGAGGGUACAGCACGGUACCCUGCAAAUCAGCAGCACAGCGAUGGCUUGUGGGGCAGCAGUGGGGUGCACUGGAGGAGCAGUGGCAGUGCGGUGGAACGGCUGAGGGACGAGGCUGGCUGUGCUGCUUCCGACCCCAGCAGGGGUAGGAGCCUUUCCCGAAUGCGCCCUGGUGUCAGUGCCUCUUUCUCUGGUCGUCUGCCUGCUGCUGCUACUGGUACUGCUGCUGCUGCUUCUGCUGCUAAUGUUCCAACUACCACUACUGGUGAUGGUGCAACUACCCCCAUUGGUAAUGGCGCAACGACCCCGACUGGUGGUGAUGCGUCUGGCCCUGCUAUCAGCCCUGUUGUCACUCCACGUGUUGCCUACUUCUCCUUCGACAAGUACCGCGAGGCUGUAGCAGGGGGAGGCUCGUCCGGGGGAGGUGCAUCUGCAGAGGAGCGCAAUGCGGAGGAGUACCUGCUAUCUCACUCCUUUGGCAGCGGCAGGUCUAGAAGCAGGAGCAGCUUCAGCGGCAGAUACGGCAGCAGCAUUGGCGGUGGUGGUGGUAGCGGGAGUUUGACUCCCCCUCCUAGAGGAGCAUUGGGGAAGAGUGGCAGCGGUUGCUUGACCCCUCCUUCUGGCGCACUGGGUAAGAAUGGCAGCGGUAAUUUGACCCCUCCUUCUGGUGCGUUGGGUAAGAGUGGGAGUGGCAGCCUUACGCCUCCUGGAAAUAUGUUUAGUCGCGGUGGCAUGGGGAAUGGGAGCGUGACCCCUCCAGGAAAUAUGUUCAGCAGGAGCGGCAGCAGGAGAGGGUUCACUCCGUCAGCAGGGGACAUGUCUAGUCGGAGGCAAGCAGGAGACUGGACUUCACCGGGGGGAAGCAACCACAGCACCCACAGCAACCACAGCAACCACAGCAACUACAACCAGAGGAAUGCCUGUGUUCGUAGCCACAGCCAUAGCCACAGCCACCAGGAGCAGGAGGUUCACACCACGAGCAGCCACUCCCACCUGCAGCGAGGGUUUCCCCACGUGCGUGGGGGCGUUGAGCGAGUGGCCUCGGAUUGUGCGGCAGACAAGAGAGCGAGGGAACGAGAAGCGGAUAGAUGGGACGAGGCAGAGCAAGGGGAUGGUGUGCGAGGGCGAGUAGGGUCAGGCCGCAUGAGUGGAGAGGGGGAGGGGGUGCUUCUGACUGCCAGUCUGGGAAGGCGGGUUGGGGAAGGGCAAGGGGGUUUGCGUGGGUCGCGGCUGGGGAAGGGUGGUAGGGGCGACAAGGCGGCAGUGAGAGGGGUGGAGGAGGGUGAGAGGGAGGAGGGGGAGGAGGAGGAGGUGGGGAGUUGUGGUUCCCGUGCAAGCAGGGUGGCGGAUGGAGCGUCGGGUGGGGCACGGCCAAAGUACGACAGGAAGGCCAGGAGUCGCACCUUUGGCAAUCCAGAAGAGCUCGUGGACCUCUACCCUCCCCCCGGCGCCUUCGAGCGGUCCCACUCCACACCCGAGCGGCGGCGGCCUCUUGAUCGCCCAGCAACCUCCUCUGCUGCAGCAGGGGCUGGGAGACCUCCCAUCCACCACGCCCACUCCGCCUCUCUGGCUGCUCGCUCCCUGGUGAACGGGCAUGGGAGUGGGCAGAGGCUGAGAGGAGGUGAGUCCGGGCGGAUUGGAGGGAGCAGAUUGUCUGGGAAACAGCAGAGGAACCAGGGGUGGGACGAGCAGCAGGGGCGGUAUGGGGAGGAGCAUGAGCACAAGCAGGGGUAUGAGGAGCAGCAGUAUGAGCAGAACUAUCAGCCGCAGCAAGUGCGGGAGAAGAAACAGCAGAAGGGGCGUAAGGAGUCGGGGGCAGCGCUGCAUGUGGCGUGGAGGCAGUUGGAAGGGGAGGAGGAGGAGGAAGAGUGGGAUAGGCAGAAUUCAGAUCCUGUGGCAGGCGGCAGGGGGAGGGUGAAGGCUGUAAGGAAGCUAGUGGAGGACGAGGAGAAUGGAGAGUGGGGACGGCAGAACUCAGAUCCUGUGACAAGCGGCAGGGGGAGAGUGAAGGCUGUAAGGAGGCAAGUUCAGGAGGAGGAGGAUGGAGAGUGGGGCAGGCAGAAUUCAGAUCCUGUAAAAGGGAGCAGGGAGAGGGUGAGGGCUGGAGGGAGGCACGUGGAGAAUGAGGAGGAUGGGGAGGAUGGAGAAUGGGGACGGCAGCACUCAGAACCUGCGAAACGCGGCAGGGAGAGGGUGAAGGCUGGAAAGGGGCACGUGGAGAACGAGGAGGAUGGGAGUGAUGGAGAAUGGGGACGGCGGCACUCAGAACCUGUGAAAGGCGGCAGGGAGAGGGUGAAGGUGGGAAGGGUAGACGAGGAGGUUGAGGAGGAGAGAGAGUGGGAUUCUGUGGAAGGCGGCCGGUCUGUGAAUGCUGGAUGGAGGCAUGAGGAGGCCGAUGAGGAGGAAGGAGAAUGGGCUGAGGAGGACGGAAAGUGGGGCAGGCAGACGCACUGGAAUUGUGUGAAAGAUGGCAGGGAGAGGGAGAAGGCGGGACGGAGGCAAGUGGAGGAGAGGGAGAUGAUUGGAUACGGUGGGGAUGGUUAUGAGGAGAACACAGAGGAGGAAGAGGAAGAGGCAGGGGAUGGGGAAGAGGUGGAGGAAGAGGAGGAGGAUGAUGAAGAGGAGGAGGAGGAGGAUGGGGAAGAGGUGGUGGAGAGUGGACAAACGAGAUGGUCCAGAGAUCGUGGUACAAGCUCAGGGAAAGGGACUGGGGUCAAAUCUGGGGAAGGGAGAGCAGGGACAAAAUCUGAGAAUAAGCCUUCGUACAGGUGCGACAGUGGACGGGGAAAGGUCGAUGGAAGAAACAGUGGGAGUGAGGGCGAGGAGGAGCAAGGGGGGAGGAACUUUACUUAUGAGAAGGAGCGUUCGCGAGGAAAGGGGAGAGGAGGGAGGGGGUGGGAAGGAGGCAGUGGUGGUUAUGGGGAGAGGCAGCAGCAAUGGCAUGACAGUCAAGAUCGGAAUGAGGAGGAAGGGGAGGGCAUGGAGGAGGAGGGAGAGGGGGAAGGGAGUGCUAACGAGGAUAGUAAGGAGUGGAGUGAGUGUGAGGAUAGUGAGGUGGAGAACGGGGAUGGUGAAGGGAGUGGGGAAGUGGUGAGUGGAGAUGAGGAGGAGAGUGCACAGCAUGCAGUACGCAGAAAGAGCGGAGAGGAACACGAGGAACAGUACAGCCACAGAGGCGGGGACAGAGAUGGGGACAGAGAUGGGGACAGGAAGAAACCGUCGCAAAGGAGCAGUGGUCGGCAGCAGCAGAAUGCAUGGGGGCUUGCAGAGAGGCGUAACGGAGAAAAGGAAGGCAUGCACAGCAGGUACAAAGGGGAGGGGGAUGAAGUGUAUAGAAGAAAUGGGGAAGAAGUACCGAUAUAUGGGAGUGAUGUGUACGAUAGGGGCUAUGGAGGCAUGAGGGGAGGUGAGGUGGAAGAUGGGGGUGGAUACAGAAAGGGCCGCUCUAGUAACGAGAAGUACACUCAUCAGGAAGACGAGAGGGGUGCAGCGAGGAAUAGUGGUGCACGCCACUCACGCACUUCCAGCUGCUUGGACCAGAAGAGUCAGGAGGGCAAGAGAAAUGCAGCAAGGGGUGGUGGUAGUAAUAGUGGUGCACGCCACUCGCGCACUUCCAGCUGCUUGGACCAGAAGAGUCAAGAGGGCGAGAGAAGUGCAGCAAGGGUUAGUGGUAGUGGUAGUGGUGCACGCCACUCCCGCACUUCCAGCUGGUUAGACCAGAAGAGCCACUCUCACCGGCCCGGUCGAUAG